AUGCACUUAGCAAAGAGCCUGCUUCACACAUCUCUUUUCGCCGCUGAGGUUGUGGCCGGAGUCAGCUCGGCUAGAAGGCGCAGUAUUGUACAGUCAUUUAAUCCCCAUCGGAGUGCCAGCUCAUCAACCACGCCUCUGCAAGUCGGCAAUGGUAAUUUUGCCUUUGGCGCUGAUAUCACUGGGUUACAGACAUUUGCUCCUUUUGCUAUUCAAAGCACUUGGGGUUGGCACAAUUUCAGCUUGCCAACAACUGCCAACCAGACCUCCCCUGCCGCAGAAGAAGAGAUUUCCAAUUGGUUGGUCAUGAACCCGCAAAGACUCAAUCUCGCCAACAUCGGUCUUUAUUUUGGCGAAGACAAAGUUAUUGAAGACGAUCUUCUCAAUAAGUCCCAAGAUCUGGAUCUCUGGACCGGACAAAUCUUAUCAGAAUUCACGUACAAUGGAUUUCCAAUAUCUGUACAGGUUACCUCUCAUCCUGAAAACCCUGUUGUCGGAAUUCAAAUCAACUCGACUCUAUUAAAAUCAGGCAAAUCGGGGAUCUUUUUUGACUUUCCUUACGCUGAUCUCAAUAAAUUUGACGCACCAUAUGUGGGGGUGUGGAAUGCGACAACCAACAACACUGUCAAGAGUCACUCAUCCCAUGAUACCGUCAUUUUCAACCAUACCAUUGAUAGUAACGUCAAUCAAAUUGCAGCUAGGUGGAGCACAAACGCCUCUAUCUCCGGUCCCUUGGCUUGUUCGAAUGAAUUCGUUCUCAACCACUCCGGCUCUGAUACUCUACAGCUAGUGGUGGCUUUCCCCGACACAUAUUCCCCCUCGGCCAAAAAGGUAUCCGAUGGAUUUCCAUCAUACACCGAGCUUUCUACUAAAUCUAAAGAGUGCUGGUCAAAUUACUGGACAGCGGGUGCUUUUAUUGAUCUAUCCGCAACCAAAAAUGCAAGUGCACAGGAACUCCAGCGCCGCAUCAUUCUUUCCCAAUAUCUAGUUGCUGUGAAUGAAGCAUCAAGCAAUCCUCCACAAGAAUCUGGACUCGUGAAUAACGGGUGGUAUGGCAAAUUCCAUCUCGAAAUGACUUUGUGGCAUUGCCUGCACUUUGCUCGCUGGGGCCACUACGAUCUUCUUUCUCGAACCGUCCCUAACACAUAUCAUCGCUUCCUUCAGUCUAGCGUUGAUCGGGCUGCUCAACAAGGAUAUAAAGGGGCACGCUGGGGAAAAAUGACAGAUCCGAGCGGGCGAGAUGCUCCAGGUGAUAUUAACGCUCUUCUGAUCUGGCAGCAACCUCAUAUUAUGCAUUUCGCCGAAUACUUUUACCGUGCUUUUCCGGAAGAAAGUACCUUGAAAGAGUGGGAUGAGGUCAUAACUGCUACCGCUGACUUUAUGGUAUCAUACGCCUGGUGGAACGCUUCAAUAGAAGUCUACGAUUUAGGUCCCCCUUUAUACCCUGUCAGCGAGAACACGAACCCUAAUGUCACGAUCAAUUCGACGUUCGAAUUAGCAUACUGGCGCUUUGCAUUAGAUAUCGCCAUUCGGUGGAAAGAGCGACAGUCACUCUCUGUUCCCAAAAAUGGGACGACUGUUCGAGACAACCUUGCACCGCUCCCGGUCGUAGAUGAUGCGUACGCAGUUUAUGAAGGAAUCCCCGACAUGUGGAAAAACGAGACUACUACCGUGGAAGAUCAUCUUGCUAUGGCCGGUAUUUAUGGACUCCUGCCACCCCCCUCUACCGGCAGUCCUCUCUCUGUGAACACGACGGUGGAGUCGUACGGAUGGGACCUUUCCAUGUUGGCAAUGAAUAGCCUGCGCUUGGGCGACGUGGACCAGGCUGUUGCAUAUCUGCUGGAUUCAUACUACCAAUUUGACGAUGCAGGGUACCCGGAAGGUGGCAGCCGUGUGUCUACGCCAUAUAUGCCCGACGCAGGUGGCCUGUUACUUACAACUGCAAUGAUGGCAGGAGGGUGGGAUGGAGAGGAGGGGCCCCAUUUUCCGAAAGACAGGAAUGUGGAAGUCGAAGGUUUUUCACCGAGCUUAUAG